AUGCUGCCGGGGACAAGGGUGUUAUGCUAUGCGGAUGACACUCUAGUCACGGCACGCGGGAGCACCUUUGCGGAGGCGUCCCGCCUGGCCACGGUCAGCGCGUCUCUAGUGGCAAGGAGGGUCCAGGCCUUGGGUCUGAGGGUUUCGGUCCCUAAGACCGAGGCCCUCCUCUUCCAUGGCCCUCGCAGAGGUCCACCACGAGGUGCCCAAAUCACCGUCCAGGGUGUUCAGGUGGAAAUAAAGGCCCAGAUGAAGUACCUGGGCCUCACCCUGGACGGACGGUGGAGUUUUAAAGGGCACUUCGAGCUGCUUGCGCCCAGACUCGUCGGAGCGGCAGCCGCUCUGGGGGGCUUUUGCCCAACAUCGGGGGGCCGGACUCAGCCUGCAGGCGCCUUAUGGGUGCACGCAUUGACUCCGCAGAAUAUCACACUACUGCGGAGACCGCAACGCGUAAUCGCGGUGCGUGCGAUCCGGGGCUACCGUACGGUGUCUUGGACGGCAUCCACACUUCUUGCUGGCGACCCGCCGUGGGACCUGCAGGCUGAGGUGCUUGCACAGGUGCACCGCUACCGGUCAAGUGUGAGGACUCGAGGGGAAAGACCAGGACCCGAGGAGAUUGGGAGACUCCGUACCCUCGGAAGGGAGGUCCUGGUCCAGAGAUGGAGAGAAGACCUCGAGUCCCCGGUGGCGGGCAUCUGGACGGUGGAGGGCAUCCGGCCCCACCUAGAGCGGUGGCUGAAGCGGCGCCAUGGCGCGCUGACGUAUCGCCUCGUGCAGGUGCUUACCGGACACGGCUGCUUCGGUAAAUACCUGCACGGGAUCGCGAGGAGGGAGGCCUCGCCGAUCUGCCAUGAGUGUGACGCGCCUGAAGACACGGCGCUCCACACCUUGGCAGUAUGCGCGUCAUGGGCCCCGCAAAGACACGCAAUGGUGUCACUCCUGGACGGUGACCUCUCGCUGCCAAGUGUUAUCAAUCUGAUGCUCGGCAGCGAGGAGGGAUGGUCUACUGUCGCCUCCUUCUGCGAAGCCGUAAUGGGCUUGAAGGAGGCCUCGGAGAGGGAGAGAGAGCAGGCGGCUGAUGCUCUUCCCCUCCGAAGA